AGCCCUUCAAGCCGAGGAAGACACCCUCCAGGUCUUCGGGGAAAAGAGAUCGGAUUGUGGUAUGCCAGAAGAGGAAGAGUCCGUAGGGAACAAGAACAGAGAUCAAAUCGACCGACUGUCACUAUUGACCAUGUAAGAGAGAGAAACCUUCGCCAUCUUCUCCACAAUUUACAGGAUGGUGAGACCAGCCACUACCUACCUCCCGGACGAAUGCCGCAACCAGCCAGAAGCAGCACCUAUACAGGUAUGCAGAUGAUGCUUUCUUGUGCUCUUGAUAACAGUUCAGU